ACACAGAACGAGAACAAAGUGCUUAUCGGGUCCCUCUAGUGUUGUAGUUUAGUAUCCACUUCUGUGUGGACCCUACUCUCGCGAGUCCAUGAGCGUGUUCUCAGUACGUGGCGACCAAACAAACAUAUCAGAUUUUCAGUCGGGAUGGCGUCGUUUGGGGGGUGCAUUUACUAGUUUGUAACCACACAUUUUAAUUCAUUGUAAAGUACUAGACGACCUGUGGAUGACAAGAUCUGUGGACUGUGUUUUAUUUUAAUCUUAAAAAAAAAAAAAAAACAUAUCACGGCGUUUUUGUUAGUCUGGCUGCAGGAUGUUGGAGAUGGAGUCCUCCCUAGAACUAACCAAUUCUCUCGCCGCCUCGUCGCUCCCACCGCCUCGGUCUCGUAUCUUUAAAAUCAUCGUGAUUGGCGACUCCGGGGUAGGGAAGACGUGUCUGACCUACCGGUUCUGUGCGGGCAGGUUCCCGGACAAGACCGAGGCCACAAUCGGAGUAGACUUCAGGGAGAAAAUUAUCGAAAUCGAUGGAGAGAAAAUAAAGGUCCAGCUAUGGGACACGGCUGGGCAGGAGCGCUUCAGGAAGAGCAUGGUGCAGCACUAUUAUCGCAACGUGCACGCUGUUGUCUUCGUGUAUGACGUCACCAACCCCACCAGCUUCCAGAACCUGCCAUCCUGGAUCGAGGAGUGCCGGCAGCACUCCCUGGGCAGCGAGGUGCCCCGACUCCUGGUGGGCAACAAGUGUGACCUGCGAGAGUCGGUCCGGGUGAGCACAGACCAGGUGCAGAAAUUCGCCGACUCCCAAAGCAUGCCGCUCUUUGAGACCUCGGCCAAGAACCCAGACGACAAUGACCAUGUAGAAGCCAUCUUCAUGACCCUGGCCCACAAACUCAAGAGCCAGAAGCCACUGAUGCUGAGCCAGCCAGCUGGUGGGGAGAACAGUGUGCAGCUAAAGCCAGAACAAAAGCUACCUGGCAUUUGUUGGUGCUGAACCUGGUCAGUGAGGCUCCGUCUUUUAGUCGUAGCAUAUGGCUGGAUGCCUCCUUGGUCUUUACUGAUGGGAAAGGUUCCUGUAAUGAGGGGGGGCAUCCUGAACUGAGGGGGGUAUUCUGGGGUUCUUGUACUGGGGUUCUUGUAAUGAGGGAGGCAUCCUGGGGUACAUGGGGUUCCAGUACUUUAUAGUGGCGCUCCAGUAAUUGUUGCUAGUCUAACGGUUAACUUAAUCUGGCCUCCCAAAUGCAUGGUUUUAUUGGACUAUUUUAACACUCUUACCUUGAAAGAUACUGUAAGGUUACAUGUCGGCCUCAGAGCCACGUUUAUUUUGCACAGUUUUAGAGAGCACAGUCCCAGUUGUAGGGAAGUAAAUGCAGAAAUGAAGGGCUUGCAGUGCUCAUCAUCCAGGAAGGACCGUUCUGUUCAAGUUGGAGCAGACCCACCCAGAUGUCACUGUUGUGAUCACCUUGUGGGUUUUAAGAAGAGGCAACACUAGGAUUAUUUCAAAAGUACAGCUGCACUAAUUUGGUGGUUAAACAAAUUGAUGUGAUACAAACAUGCUACCAAGAAUCAGCCACGUUUCUUUAGAUCCUUUAUUAUAGCAGACAUUCAUCAGCGCUGCAACAUCCAGUGAUUGAGAAAUGUCCUCCCUGCCAAUCGGUCUGGAUGUGUUCCUGUACCUAUGAGCACCUUUCCUUCAACUUGAAAAUAUCAAAGAUACACUCAGAAACACUCUAAAUUGUCUCUAUGCACAAAUGUUUUAGCCCCGUACAACUACCCAAAGCUAAUGUUAACUACCUUGCUCUUUGGUCAUUUAAAAAAAAAAAAAAAAUUAAUACUUCGGUAGAAAUAUAAUAGACAGAUAUUUCCCAGCUGGCCCUGUGGAAGUCAGGUGUGGUUUUUUUUUUUUUUUUUUAAACAGGAAAUCGGUGCCAAGACUGCCUGUCUGUAUUUGUAAAAUACUGUUUCCAAUCAAGUGCAUUUUUAUUUUCAUUCGAUUUGCAAAAAUAAACGAGUCUAAAGCCAUGGAAUCAGGGAUAUAGCUACUGUAAUAUCAUGAGACAGACAGCUUAUCUAUGCAUGUUUCAAACUCUUACGAAAAAGUCAAAUGCUUUGAUUUGUUCUGUAAUAGCUGUACGUCGUUUGUCUGCCCUUGUUUUCAGUUGCUACGAUAUUCACCACCAAAGUACGUUUUCGAAAACUGUUUGGCCUCUGUCAUAGUACUAUGGUUAGGGGAUGUGAUUUUUGUCACUGUAAAAAUCCCAGCUAAAAACAGACAAUUUCACAGAAUGCCCAUGGCUACAAAUAUUUGAACUUAAAUAUAUUUAUUCAUGUAAUGUUUUAGUAUUUGUGCAAAGUAAACAUAUUAUUUUUAUUUGUUUAUUUAGCAGACGCCUUUAUCCAAGGCGACUUACAGAGACUAGGGUGUGUGAACUAUGCAUCAGCUGCAGAGUCACUUACAAUUACGUCUCACCCAAAAGACGGAGCACAAGGAGGUUAAGUGACUUGCUCAGGGUCACACAAUGAGACAGUGGCUGAGGUGGGAUUUGAACCGGGGACCUCCUGGUUACAAGCCCUUUUCUUUAACCACUGGACCACACAGCCUCCUUGAUAUAUGUAAUGUGUUUUCUUUUAACACACUGCUUCUAGUCAAAAGUAAACAGAUUUUAUUUUUUUUAUUUUUUAUUUUAUUUAUGUAUACCUUGUCCAAUUUGUAAAACAAAAAAUAAUAACCUGAACAUUGAAAAUUAGUUUUCUUUAAAUGAAUGUUGUGGUUGUAAAUUGGAUUUUGCAAUACCCUUGUUGUUCAUGUCUAUUUAAACACAUCUGUGGUUUUGGUAGUACAGGAUGUACAUUAAGACUAGAAGGGUCGUUCUGCAUUUACACUGUUGACAGGUUCUGUUAAACACCGCAGAGAAACCACUGCAAGAGCUGCAAAUCCAGAACUGUAAACCAUCCUCCCUUUAGGCUUUUCAAUAUUGAGUAUAUGCAGAGGUAUAUUUUCUGCACAAAAGACUUUGGUUAAUUUGAAGUUUGUUUCUCUGCUCCCGCUGCUUUUAUGACAUUGCUUGGGAUAUUGCUCUGCUAGUUGCCUAGAACUUAAUUUUGCCACUUUUUAUAGUUCUGUGUAAGUAUUCACCUUUAUUUCACCUUUGCUAACCGCUUUAACUUUGCACUGAAACCAAUUCAAAAGAUGUGAACGACGCAUUUCCUAUUUUCACGUGGAAACAAAUGUCAAAAUUCACGGGUGUGUGACCACCGUGACAAAAUCACAUCCCUAAUUAUGGUGUCUGAACUGUAGUAUAUGUCUGAACUAUAGCUGUAUUUGCAAGGUUUGGUGGCAUGUAGGAUUAGAAAUGUAUAAAUCCUAGGAAUCUAAGCCAUAUCUAAUAAGAGGAAUGGUCUGAACCCAGGUAGGGGAUGUACAAGUUGAACAGUGGGAAAGGUUAUAAGCUAGUGUUUCUGUAUGAUCAGUCAAUGGCUGUCUUCUGUUGUGACAUAAUAUUUCUGUUUCUAUGCAGUAAAUGGCUGUGAACGUUUCACUGUGAUGUCUCAAACACUUGUCACUCACGGCCAUACAGUACAUUGGAUUGUACUAGUUUUUAUUUUUUUACUCUGAAUCCCCUGAAUAUUCAUCACGACUGUACUGACCAAUCUGUGGAUCGUGCACCAAUGGAAAUGAGGCUAAGGAUAUAAAGGAUAUUCACCCCUUGGCACAUGGGGCAUGUUUUAUGGUUCUGUUCCUUUGUUAGUCAUUGCUAGCUUCUUGAUUAGUCAUCUCCGCACUGCUUGUCAGUAGAUAAUGAAGUCAUGCUGAGAGACACAUGAAAAGGGACAGGACACUGUAACCUUUGUGUUGUAAUGUAGUUUGUUUUGUUCUAAUGCAAAAUGGAUUACACACAGUUGAUUUUCUUCUCUAAUUAUGACCAUGUUGGAGGCUUGAAGUCUUACAAAUUAAUCCCUCUAAACAAUCUGUAAUAUGAAGUGCUUCCUUAAUGCUAAAGUGAAUUGUACUUUUUAAUUAAAAAAAAUAAAAUAAAGUAAUGAAAUACUCACUUAAUGUACUGGUGGGACCUGUGUCAUGGAAAGUAUAUCCAAAUAAAGGUAUUCAAAAGGGAAAUCAGUAGCUGGAAGUAUUUGUUUUUUUCUGAAAUGUUUUUUUUUUUAACACAGCAAGGGAUAUUGAAAGUGUCAAACCCUAAUGAGAUUGUUGUGUGUUUUUAAGCAGGAAUAUUACAACAUGACUAGACUAAGGAAACACUGCUUUUAUGUAAUUUUACAGUCCUUUUUGUUUUACAUUGUUUUGUGCAGGUAGUGAUUUUAAAAAUGACUAUACAUGCUAAUAUUUUGAGGUGCAAUAAAUGUCAGCAUUUUA